AUGGCUUCCGUGGCGGCGUCUUCGAUCUCCAUCGCAGCUCGGUCCCGAUCUGCACCUCUGAAAUCCCAGGUCUGAUCUCGCAGACUGCCGACUCUAUUACUCUCGUGGCUCUUUCCCUGUUCUGCGCUUGAUCCGUUCUUUCCUGGAGUUUCUCCUCUGCGGCUCCUGAUCCGGGGGAGGUCCUGCUCGAACUUGUUCGCGGAUAGAUGGACAUUAGAUUUGCAGACGGUCGUUUCGACCCUGCUCCGUUUUCUCGACUCGACGGUGCUGAGUCAAGUGAACUAGUGCCGGACUGUGGUGGUUAACUAAGCACGGUAUUAGCUUCACUAACGGCGUUGUUUUGUGUGGAUAGAUCGAGCCCCUCGAUCUCAGCAGUCUUCAUUGAUCAUUCUAUCAUUUAGUUUUAAAAAAUAUUAAUUUUCAUUUUUCAACUCUAAAUCUGGACCGGCGAUUAGUUCAACGCAGAUCAAUCCCAAACUUUUGUUUGAUCUGGAGGCCUUGUUGCUCUCUUUCUUCGUAGGGUUUUCUCUUUUCAUUACAUCUGAUGUCUGGACAAGCUGAGAUUUUUUCAUGUACUUUCUUUGAGGCGACAAGACAUCAUCUGCCUGCUCUACAGCUUAGAUCUAUUGACCUUAAUAGCAUCUGUGAUGGACACUUGGCUAACAUUUUUCUCCAAAGGCAAUAUUAACUCUCAGCCAUAAGCAUUCCUGAAGAUGGCAACUAUUUCAUGAUCCUCUCUGGUUUGUGGGUAUCACGUAUUUUCCUUGGAAUGACCUAGGAGUAUGGAAGUAUAUCAGCCAGUGGCGGGCGAUUCUGGCGGUUUUUUUUUUUUUUUUCAUUUGAACCAUUGUGCGUUGAAUAUCCGUAUGGUAUCAGAUAACAAAUUACUCUAUAAUAUUUAAUUAAUGUGAUAAAUUAUGCUCUCACAGAUUAGUACCCAUCAUCGUGCCUCUUUGAUCUGAUUAGAAGAAAACUGGGUUUCAGUCAUUUCUCAGACCAGUGACACGAACUGCUUUGUGGACUAACCCACCGCUACAGGCAUUCAAUGAGCUCCCGGGCUUUGGAUCACUUUCUUUAAGCACCCAGAAGAGCUUUCCUUCCGUUCGACUGCGACUUUCUACGCCACGCCUCCGGGUCUCAUGCUCGGUACGCAACAUCCCUCAUCUUUCUCCUGUGUGGGCGGGGUCAAGAAGCCCGACUUGACGACCUGCCUGCCUCCAAACGCCCUGUUCAGGCCAAGACGGAGACUCUGGAGAAGGUGUGCGGCAUCGUGAGGAAGCAAUUGGCCCUCCCCGCUGACAGCUCCGUGGAGGGCGGUACUAAGUUCAGCCAACUCGGUGCCGACUCGCUUGACACGGUAACGGGAUCCCUCUCUGGUUCGUCCGUGUGAAGCGGGGCUCUGCGGCUGACUGCUGCUUGCUUCUGCGGCGUCUCGCAGGUUGAGGUGGUGAUGGCCCUCGAGGAAGAGUUCGAGAUUAGCGUGGAAGAGGAGAGCGCGCAGAGCAUCGUGACGGUGGAAGACGCCGCCAACCUUGAUCGACAAGCUCGUCGCCAAGAAGUCCGCUUGAGCGGAAAGAGUGAGAAGUCCGCCGUUCAGUCCCGCCCCCCUGUUGACGCUUUGUGA